GUUUUGUUGGUGAAUAUCUUGUGGACUCGCCAGGUCUUGCUGAACAUGGCGCCGAAUGCCAGGGAGAACCCGAUGGGCAGAAACCAUGUCUUGACCUGCAUGAUGACAUUUGUAAAGGUAGUACGAGACAGCUGAACAGCCCAAGUCAGUGUUUUGAGAAAUGGCGUCACUCCAUUUCCCCUCAAUCUUUGCUUGCUUACUCCUGCAGCUUGUGUACACGUCAGCACAGACUCUCCCCGGCCUCGAUGUAAGCCCAGGUAAUAUCGACCGACUCAUCAUUCAACUCGUUGGCGGUAGCGCCCGCAACGAGGGGCGGGUACUCAUUCGCUGGUUUCCCGACUCGCCCUGGACCGCCGUGUGUAACGAUCCCUACUUCAGCCACGCCGUCCCAUUCCAGAUGUGCAGGACGCUCGGGUACCCGUUUGCCUGCGGCCAUGACUUCGCUGGUCCCCGUCGGACUGACGACGCGUCGCUGGUAAACGUCACCAGCGAACGUUACCUGGUGUCCUGUUCUGCUGACCUGAACGACAGGACACUCGGAGGCUGCAACUUGCAUCCCACUGGAGAUCCUCCCUGCACCCACGACAAUGACAUGUGGCUGUCAUGUGGUUAUGCAGGUAUGCCGGACUUUGAACUCCGACUGGUCGAGGGUACAUACCGCGAUCCGGACCGUCUAUUGCAGGGACGCUGUGGUCCGGAACACGAGUGGAGCGCCAUCUGCGGCCACGGAUUCCACCGGCUGAAGCAGGGCCGCGUGGCAUGCCGGGAGCUCGGCUACUCCGAUGAAUUAGCCGUUGCGGGCGGUUUUCUUUCCCUGCGAGAGCUCGACCCGCAGCACCGACCCAACUACACGUUAUUUGUGGACGUGGGAUGCAUCGGGGAUGAAGCGAGUCUGAGCGAGUGUCAGCACUACGCGCUGCGAGAUUGCAGCGGCUACGCAACGCUGGAGUGUUUCACUGGUGUAACCGAGUAUAAUGAGACUUCGUAUCUGUGCGGUUCGAAGCAGUUAUGCCAAGAUGAGUGUAAACAGGGUCACCCAAUCAAUGGCUCACGUGACGACAUAUUCCACUACUGCCGAUGCGACGAUGUCUGCGGUCUAUUUGACGACUGUUGUUACGACCGCGAAGGGAUGUGUAGUCUGGGGACGCCGACCUUGGAGCGAGGAGGGUUCACCACAGAGCAGUUCGGCUGCGUCUGGGUACCAGGCAGUCAGUUCACUCACAUCGGCUAUGUGGUCAUUGACCGUUGUCCAAUCAGCUGGACAGAUGAGAGAUCACGUGAUUUAUGCGAGAGGCCUGUGGAUAUCGAGGAUGUAUUCGGCUCGCUGCCGGUUUAUGACGACCUCGAAGUGGAUUUUAAGAACAUCUACUGCGCCAUUUGUAACGGGAGGACCUUGGAAAGUCUAAGAAGAUGGGAUGUCUCUGCUGCUGACGAUGAACAGUAUCAACCACCGGACAUUUUUUAUCCGUCUCUCAAUACAACACUGCGAAGCUUAGGUUGGCUCAUAACGCCCCCAAAUGGCCACGCAGUACUCCGGGAGUGCCCCGCACAUCUCGUGGACACCUGUUCAGACGAAUUCAGUGGGACCCGCUUGGAAGAAGGAUGCAAGGCUUACUACGCUCCUAUCAAAGUUGAAGAUAGUUACACCAGAUAUCGGAACCCUCACUGCGCCUUAUGCAAUGGCCAGGGAGUUUUGCCAGACAAUUCCUGUGAGGAUCAGGAGUGUCUGGAGUGGUGCGUGCCCGACCCCUGGGGACCGUGUGCGGGUGUAUGCGCUCCCUACGAUGGCUUCUUGACGAUUGAGGUUCUGUUCGACUUCACCUCCUCCUCGUCCAUCAGCGGGAUGUCUUGCUCGGCGGGGCAGAUCUACGAUCCGUUCCUGGAGAGGUGCCGGGUGCUGACGUGCGCAGCUGGGUAUCAGAUCGUAGGUGACGAGUGCCUGGCCGUUCCUCCGGCACCAACCAACGAGAGUGACUCCUUUGUCGUCGAUUGUCUCCUAGAAGGAUCUGGGUUCGUGAUCACAGCACAGCAGAUAAAGACAGAAGCUCACCUUGCCUCAGUUCUGUCUGUAAGUGUGUUAGUGAGCUCAGCUGCUGAUGUACGUAACCUUGUGAGUGCACUGGAUAAUUCAAUCAAGACCAACCUAAACUCUUCCAUGCCAUGUAACAUCUCAUCUUUGGCGAUCUUCUUGCCGUUUUCCUUCAAUGGGUCUGGCCUCUGCAACAACUCUACGCUCCAGGGAAGUACUGUCUUCUCGGAGUACUCGGGAAGGCUGCUUACUGCUGUGCAAAUCAAAAACAUCUCCAGAGAAAAUUACUCGAAGGAAGAGGUGGCAUCGUCGUGUCUGAAGGUAAAUGACCUGAACUGCUCAUCUCUCCUAACUCUUGAAGACACAGAAUAUUCUGUGGUAUCAGCGGAACGUAUCGACGUCAUUGCAACAGGGGAGAGUCUUUCUGAGAGCGAGUAUGUUCUGCUUCCGGAAGGCAUUGCCGUCAUUUGCUCCUACAUUCACCCAGAACCGGAAGGAGUUGAACCGCAGGUGCGCAGAGCGCUCUCAUUCAUCGGUAGUUGUGUAUCGCUUAUCGCUCUGGCUGCCACAUUCAUGACCUUCUGCCUGUUCAAAGAGCUCCGGAAUCUAUCCGGUAUUGCCACCAUGAACCUCGUGCUGGCGCUGUUCAUCGCCAUAUUGCUCUUCCUCCUUUCAGGCUACCUGGCGGAGAGCCAGCCUGCCUGCCAAUUCGGGGCUGUUGUGGCGCACUUCGCCUGGCUAGCAGCCUUCUUCUGGAUGACGAUGCUUGCAGUCAAGGUCGCCCGCACCCUCACCUCCAUGGUGCCAAGGAGUGGACGCAAAACAGGCGUGUCCCGGGAGCUCGUUGCCUACGCUUGCCUCGCCUGGGGCAUCCCUCUGCUCAUUGUCUGCAUCUGUAUCAUCCUCCAGUACUGCGAUUGCCCCACCUUGCCCGUGAUCUACGCAGAUGGAGGUAUCUGCUGGAUCUCAGACAUCAUCGUUCGCAUCGUCGCCUUCGUGGUGCCCAUGGCUCUCAGUCUUGUCUUCAACUUGUGUUUGUACAUCUUAACCAUCGUCAGUGUCCGGAGGAACAGGCGCAGCUCCAGGGCGGUGAGGAGUCAUAGCAAACUGGAUGAAGCAAAAGAAGAGCUGUCUAUUUAUGGCAAGCUGAGUGCCUUGGUGGGAGUGACCUGGAUCUUUGGCUUCGUGUCUCAGUCAGUGACGGGCAUCAUAUUUUUCUCCUACAUCUACAUCCUCCUCAACUACCUCCAGGGAGUCUUCAUCUUCAUCUCCUUCUGCCUCAACAAGAGGGCUCGGAGUUUGUGGAGAGAGAAACUGAAUAUUCGAAGCGAGACGAUGACGACGGAUAAGUCGAUUGAUCCGGUGAAGCCUCGUCGAUCGAAGGAGACAGCCCUGAUGACCACCGAUACCCUGCCUGAGCACUCGGAAGAUUCCAAGCUGUAGACUAGUGAUCAAUAUAUGCACAUGGACAGUCAACGAUUCACUAUAUUCACUCAUUCCCAAGUUCCCUAUGUGCCUUAUUCAUGAGUCGGCCAUAUUGAAUUGAAAGGUAAGUGAAUUCUUAAUUGUUGGCACUUGCGAAGAGAAAUGAAAGUAAGUUAAUUUAUAAUGAAUCACAGUCUGCUUCAGUGAGUAAUAUUAAAAUUGUAAUUAAACAUUCCCUAUUGUUUAAAGCCAUUAAAAAAAAAUGACAGUAAAAUAAGGCUGCAUUGUGCCUGCAUAAAUAGUUCUGCGCCAUCCCAUUACACAGUUAACAAUUAAUGAUAUACAUUCAAGGAACUCGACAAAAAUGUCCAACUCGUGAAUAAGGCCCAUCUAAAGGCGCUGAUGACAUGUUAACAUGUCACGAUAUAUUUUAAAGCGGCAACUUUAGGUCAACACUGUGGCUUGCGCAUGCCCCGUGCGCAAGGAAUGUAUAUAUGAGGAACGUUGACCUACCCACAAUGCUUUCCUCAAAGCCUUCAUUUUCUUCACAAGAUUUAGUGUAAGGGUAAGCGGUUACCAGUGUCUUUAAACAGGGCGGUGGGUACCAGCGAAUUGACGACACAGAAAAAUUGUGUCGUUGGAAGAGCAAUUCCUCAUUAUGACCGCAAUGCAUCGCGGGAAAAUGCAAUUUGUAGGGUUUUUCAAAAUCCUGGCAUCGUCUCGUCUUCAUCUUCUUGAAUGUACAAACAAGAUGGAAAUGCACAAAUUUGUGGUCUCAAAAUCAACUUAGUCGAUUAAUUAAUGUUCUCCAUCGGCCAAUUGUGUACUAUAAUACGUCUAUUUGGAAACUUUAUGUGUUUGCGUUGUAAAUAUCAUCUAUCUUUAAUUAAUAUUAGAAGCAGUGUAUUUAGUGUAAUGUUUCAUUACCCUUGUGUUUUUCUAUUGAACACAUCUAAAAUUCAGUUCACUUUACUUCAAAUACUUCAUCAUCUUGGUAUUCUGCUGAAGCAAAUAGAAGCUGUAAACUAAAGAAAGUUUGAGGUUUGCGUCCCCAUGAUAAAGUAGUUUUCACAAUAAUUCGUUCUUCAGAACAUUUAUUGAAUUAUAUUCCGUAUGUGCAAACACUCUUCAAUGUCAAAGAUAAACCUCAAUUGUAAUCUAAUAAGGAUGUACUUCACCCGCGGGUUAAAAAAGAAAAGAGCCUUUACACGGAAACAGACUGAAUGAAAUUAUUUUGUCUGAAUUGUCAACCGCAUCUUUUGAAGUCUGCCGGGUGGCGGCAGAUUCUUAUGAGAUCGAAGACAAACCAGAUUUGCCGGGAGACAACAACAUGUCAAGAGGAAUGUUUGAGUCUCCGAAUAAAAAAAAAACAUUGGAAGCAAUAGACCCAACCUAAGCCCCACCCAAUAGUUUUUCGACCAAUCACAACUGUGAUUAAAGGGUUCACAAAAGUUCGACAUGCGCGCGCAGCCGCAUAAGCUGAAGUUUUUGCCCGAAAAACACCAGCCUGUAUCGUAUGCAUUAAGGAACCAAAGACAGUUCAGCCUGCCUUUCUGUAAAACGAACAUACUGAAGAAUAGUUUCAUUCCCUGGUGUCUCUACAAUUUACAGUCCUAACUGUUACUCACUUUUUAGCAAUUUUAAGCUAAUGCUGAUGUUAAUAUUAAUUACUGUUUUAUGUGUUUUUAUAUCGGUUGAAGUUACCUGUAAAUACAUGUGCGUCUUAAUGAUUGAACAAUUCAUUAUAACUGAAAAGUUUUGUUUUUAAAUUUAAAUAUUUGUCAUGUCCGUUGAAGUUCUGAAGUAGUCAUGUUCUAGUCCUGUGAAAGUAUGUUUCUAGGAAUUUGGUUUGUGUUGAAUAUUUGUAUGUUUUUUACAGGAGUUUUUAAGGUUUAAUGUUUAAUGUGUAUUGUUAUUGAAAUGUUUUAAUGUUUCAAAUUCAAAUGUAAUAUAAAUAUCUUUUAAAAUGUUUUAAAUCCAACCAUUUUUAGAUGCUUUGGUUGCUAAUAAUAAUAAUAAUAAACAGGUACAAUGCCUAGCAUCAGUUCCAUGGAAUUAGGUUCAUGAGGCUUACUUUCCAUAUGAAUACCCUUAAAUUGCAUAAUUUCAUUAAAGGCAAAGAUUGAUGUUAUUAUAUUCUCGCGUCGGAGAAAUUUGAUUAAAUAUGUGUUUUCAGCGCGUA